AUGUUAGCUCAGGCUUAUACUAGAUAUUGUAGGCUUUACCCCGAAGGGAGCCCUUCCAGAAAUUCUCGAAGGCCAGGGGCAAGCCCAGGCCUAAGAGGGGGUUUGGAAAUAGUUUUCAACCAGCAAUAGACGCGCCUCGGUUAGAACCUCAUAAGCUGCGUCAUUGCCCCAAGCGCAAAGAU